AUGGAUUCGCCUAAUUUUUCCGCGCACCCUUCCCUCAUCCUCGCAGCCGGGCUGCUGGUGGCGUACCUGGCUUACGGCGCUGUCUAUCGUCUCUAUCUGAGCCCAAUUGCUCACUUCCCCGGCCCGCGGCUCGCAGCGUUGACGUUUUGGUACGAGUUCUACUACGAUGUAGUGCGCUCUGGGCGGUACACAUGGCGAAUCGCCGAGAUGCAUGCGCAAUAUGGACCCGUGGUGCGCAUCAACCCGUACGAACUCCACGUGAACGUCCCGGGCUUCUACGACACGCUGUACGCGUCGGCGGCCAGCGGCCGGCGCACCGAGAAAUGGACGUGGUCGGCCAAGAUGUUUGGCACCACGCAAGCCGCUGUGGGCACGGCCUCGCACGAGCUGCAUCGCGUACGCCGUGCUGCCUUGAACCCGUUCUUUUCCCGGCGAAGCGUCGUCCGUCUUGAGCCCGUCAUCCAGCUGCACAUCGACAAGCUAAGAGCCCGGCUCGAGCGUUCCGCUGACUCCGGGGAGCCGGUGAAUUUGACUGACGCCUUCACGGCAUUGAGCGCUGAUGUCAUUGGUGAUUUUGCGUUUGGAAAGCGCUACGGCUUCUUGGAUGCGGAGGACUUCAAUCCAGGAUGGCAUAAGCUGAUGCUCGAUCUCAGUCGAGGCACACAUUUGAUGAAGCAGUUCGGAUGGCUCUACACCGUCCUGACCUGCAUCCCGCAAAAGCUCGUCUCCAUCAUUCACCCCCUCACCAGAGAACUCUUCAACGUGCAAAACAGCAUCACCGCCCAAAUCGAAGAGAUCAAAGCCAGCAACAACAAGCCCCUGGACACCCGUCCAACCAUCCUCUACGACCUUGUCGUCAAUCCAAACAACCACCUGCCCCCUUCCGAGCUCACCACCCCGCGCCUCACCGAAGAAGCCUUCACCCUGCUCGGCGCCGGCACCGUCACGACCGCCCACACCCUCGCCACCACCCUCUACCACCUCCUCGCCAACCCCUCCAAACUCACCCGCGCGCGAGCCGAACUCGCUCCCCUCUUCUACCACUCCAACUCCAACUCCCCAACAUGGACUGACCUCGAGCACCUCCCCUACCUCUCGGCCGUCCUGACCGAGGGCCUCCGCCUCAGCUACGGCGUCAGCCACCGCCUGCCGCGCAUCUCGCCCGACGCCGCCCUGCGCGUGCCCGACGCGCCCGAGCCGGUGGCCAUCAUCCCGCCCGCCACGCCCGUCAGCAUGACCCAGAUGUUCCUGCACGACGACGCGCGCAUCUUCCCCGAGCCGGCGGCUUUCAAGCCUGAGCGGUGGCUCUUGGAGGAGGUGGAGGGAGAGACCGGGAACGAGGGGGCCAGGGCGGAGCAGCUGGCGCGCAUGCGGCGCUUCUUGGUUCCGUUCAGUAAGGGGACGAGGCAGUGCGUUGGCAUGAACUUGGCGUACGCUGAGAUGUAUUUGGCUUUGGCGGCGCUGUUGAGGCCCGGGUUGGAGAUGGAGCUGUGGAAGACAUCUGUGGAGGAUGUGCGGGUGGCGCAUGAUUGGUUCAAUCCGGCGCCGAGAGUGGGGAGUAAGGGCGUGAGGGUUCUGGUGAGGAGAGGCAAGUGA